CAAACCACCCUUAAAGUGACGGCCGGCGCUUGGUGAAGUGUCAUCAUCCUCAGGAGUUUUCUUUUCCAAUAAAUUGAUAACGAAAUAGUGUUUUAUAAAGAAGAAAAAAAUAAAAGAAAUCUAAACAAAUUUUAAUUUAUAAAACGCACAUUCAACGAUGGAUCAGUUUAUAAACGCUGAUGUGGUUCUUUAUGGAAUCCUCAGCUUGAUUGUUCUGGAAAAUGCGCUUGAAAUUUACAUAUCAUCCCGUCAGGUAAAAGUUUACAAAAACACCAAAACCGUACCAAAAGAACUGGAAAAUGUUAUGAACGAAGAAACAUUCCACAAAGCCCGCCUUUACGGCCUGGACCGCGAACAAUUUGGCAUUUUUAAAGCCAUCCUCAUGGAUGUGAUGCUUCUUACAUUCGAAUUGUAUUUUGGAUUCAUUGCGUAUCUCUGGGAAAAGGCUGAAGUGUUGGCUGUGCAAUGCAAUCUCGACCCUAGCAGUGAGAUAGUGGUCAGUUGUUUGUUUCUGGCUAUUGUGAGUACCAUAAGCGUGGUCAAGGGCAUGCCAUUCAAGGUGUACAAGACAUUUGUGCUGGAAGAAAAGCACGGAUUCAAUAAGCAAACUGCAAAAUUCUUUGUUAUCGAUCAAAUUAAGGGCUUUAUUGUGUCUCAGGUCAUUAGUACGCCGAUUGUUGCGGCAAUCGUCUUUAUUGUCCAGCGUGGUGGGGAGCAUUUCUUCAUCUGGCUAUGGCUGUUCACCGGAAUCGUAUCGCUUGUUUUACUGACAAUUCAUCCCAUAUUCAUUGCUCCCCUUUUCGAUAAAUACACUCCUCUUGAAGAUGGUCCUCUUAGGGAAUCCAUUGAAAACCUGGCUGCUUCCCUCAAGUUCCCUCUUACCAAACUGUACGUGGUCGAUGGGUCUAAGCGCAGUGCGCACAGCAAUGCUUACUUCUACGGGCUGUGGAGUUCAAAGAGGAUAGUCCUCUUCGAUACCCUCCUCCUAAAUAAGGGCAAGAAAGACGAUUCUGAAUUGAAAGAGGAAGAACGCGGCAAAGGAUGCACAGAUGAGGAAGUCCUAGCUGUGCUUGGACACGAAUUGGGUCAUUGGAAGUUGGGCCACAUCACAAAGAACAUUGUUAUCAUUCAGGUGCACUUGCUGCUUAUGUUUGCCGCUUUUGGAUAUCUCUUCCAAUACGGACCCUUCUAUGAGGCAGUUGGAUUCAAAGAAGGACAGAGACCCAUCUUGGUGGGACUUCUUGUUGUCAUGACCUAUGUUAUGGCACCAUACAACGCUCUGAUCAAUUUCGGUAUGACUAUGCUGUCGCGUAAAUUCGAAUAUGAGGCCGAUGAAUUUGCCCAGAAACUCGGAUUCUCCGAAUUGCUGAGUAAAGCUUUGAUCAAAUUGAAUUUAGACAAUUUGGGAUUCCCAGUUUACGAUUGGUUAUACUCAUCAUGGAAUCACUCGCAUCCAACACUGCUGCAACGUAUGAACAGAAUCAAAGAACUCGAUGAUGCAGCUAAGAAAACAAAGUAAACAAAACGAAAAAGAAGACACUUAUUGUUUUCUCUAUCACGAUGCAGGUUUAUUCGCGUUUAUAAAGAUUUGAUGAAUGCGAAAACGCCAUAAGUUACUCUUUUUUAUGUCCAUUUUUCAGUUAUUAUAAAUUUUGAUUUUAUAAUAAAAACAACCAUACAUUUUUGUAUUUCCAUCUGUAUUUCGUCUUUUAUCGAACAAAUAUACUUUUAUAUUAUUUAUUGGCGAA